AUGUAAAGAUACGCGAAGGAAUGUUGAUUCAAUGGUGAAAUCAAGCCUAUCCGAGCUUUGGAACUUUACGAUGCGCCCCUCGUCGCACAGAUGGCGCUUUUUUGACGUAGGGGUGUUUUUUUUGUAGCAGGCAUAAUGCACUGCACACAUGGUCGUUGCCACUCGAUUGUUUAAUCGAUAAGUUCGUUUUUGUGUGAAUGUUUGCAGGUCUGAGCAAUGGCGAUGUGCUAUCAGAAGCACCCGUUUGAAAUAGAGCCGGAGGAUCGGCUAACGACAAUAAAUACUAAAAUAUUUGAAAUAAAAAAGAAGAUACAACUUUCAGAGGGCCAAAGAAAGUCCCACUACGAAGAGAAUGAGUCCGAAAAACAGCAGAACGUCGAUCUGAUCGAGACCCUCAAGAAGGAGAUCAAGCUCCGACUCCAGGAGUUGUCAGCAGCGAGGGCCGUGGUGGGCGCGGACGAAGGACAGGUCAAGAAGUACCUUAGCGAGGUCUGCCCUAUAGCCAACAAGACUUCCGACCAGAUCAUAGAAAACCUAGACCUCAAGGUCAUAGAGCAGCGGAAGAUCCUCGACCUUCUAAAAUACGAGAAACGAAGCAAGAAGUUAAAGCUCAGAGACUUGGAGAAGGAAUACGAGAGGCUUCUGAUAGCGACCACCAGGCGGGUCGUUAAAACUAAGGGGAGUCCCACAAGGAAGCAUGCCUCUCAUUUGGAGAACGAGAUACACAAAGUCCUCAUUCAGUGGACCGAGGCAGAGUUGGUUAAAAAGAAAUAUCAAUCCAUCAAGCAAGCGCUCAUCGAUGAUUCGGUCAAGUUCGAGAGCUCCCUGACCAGGAUUGAGGAACUACUCGAGAAACAGAAAGAGGAAAUAGCCAAGUUGGAGUACGUCCGUGAGGAAGCAGCACUGAUGCGCGUGCGCGCGACGGGCGCGACGGCAGCCGAGGCGGCGCGCGCGCAGGACGCCGAGCACGCGCGCGCCGCCGAGCGCGCGUACUUCGCGCAGCGCUUCGCGGAGCGCCGGCUAGAGCUGGAGAAGCUGGAGAAACGGAUAUUCCCUCCACAAGUCCGAGCGCUGGUGAGGCAAGAUUCGACCAGGUCGACGGACAACGCUGCCAUGACCGAAGAGGCUUCGGCCACGGCGCAAAUGGAGGACGUAUUCCAGAGGCUCAUGAAACUCACAGGUGUAACGGACGCAGAAGAGGUGUUCGAUCGUUUCCGAGCGCAGAGGGAAACCUCUAAACGUCUCAACUACCUCCAAGCCACCAUUGAAGAGGAGAAACUCCAGCUUGAAAGCACACAGACCAACCUGUUGGCUGAGCUGGAAGCCUUCAAGUUUGCUUCCGUCAAGGAUAAAGAUGAAACGCAAGACCAGAUAACCGCUCUGAAAGAAGAAAUAAAGGCUGAAGAAGAAACCUACUCUGGUCUUGAAAGCGAGCUGGAAGACCUGGACAACCUGCUGCUUGAGAUCAAGAGAUUGCUUUACGAGCUAUGCAAACUGCUUGAUGUGAUCCCCGACCCACCAGUCCCCGAAUGGACAGCAGAAGCACGCGACGUGCACGCGCUGCUGGGCGUGCUGCGCGCGCGCUUCGAGCACGCCGGCGCGCGCGCUGACGACGUGCGCGCGCGGCGCGAUGUCAGCACCAUGGCUAUGCCUUCUAAUCCUACUAGCGGAGCGGCGUCCGUGGCCGGCAUCAGUAUGCACAGCCACAGCACCCCGAAGGAGGCCGAAAACGCGGCUCCAAGUUACAAGGAACUGCUAACUAAGGAGCCUGUUAGGCAACCUCCGUCUGAUGAAGAAGAAGACAUACCAUCCCGAUGUUAUCUGAAGAGGCAAGCGCAGCUCAUCGUGGACACCAAGUGCAGAAGGAAAGGCUUCAGGACUCCAUAUCCAAGGCGUUAA